AUGGGGGACCUGAUUCACUGGCUCUACCUUCCCUUCGCUAUGGUUCCUGAUAGCUGGUUUGAUUUGAAUGGUGUGUGGACUGGGUCCGCCACGAUCCUUCCUGACGGCCAGAUCAUCAUGCUAUACACUGGGGACACCAGUGAUGAGGUGCAGGUACAAAAUCUUGCGUACCCCGCCAACGUGUCUGAUCCUCUUCUCCUUGAUUGGGUCAAGUAUCCGGGUAACCCGGUUAUAUUACCUCCACCCGGCAUAGCUCCUGACGACUUUCGGGACCCGACCACCGCAUGGCUCGGCCCGGAUGGUAAAUGGCGGACCUCUAUUGGGUCAAAAGUGGGAAAGACAGGAAUUUCGCUGGUUUACACAACAACAAACUUCACAAGCUAUGAGCUGGAGGAUGGAGUUCUGCACGCAGUUCCGGGUACGGGUAUGUGGGAGUGUGUGGACUUUUACCCGGUUUCAACUACGGAGCCAAACGGGUUAGACACAUCGACAAACGGACCCGGUAUUAAGCAUGUGCUCAAAGCAAGUUUAGAUGACAAUAAGCAUGAUUAUUAUGCACUUGGGACCUAUGACCCUAUAAAGGACAUAUGGACACCUGACAACCCGGAGUUGGACGUGGGUAUCGGGUUGCGGGUCGAUUAUGGAAAAUACUAUGCAUCAAAGACAUUUUAUGAUCAGUAUAAGAAGAGGAGGAUCUUGUGGGGUUGGACUGGAGAAACUGAUAGUGAAGAUACUGAUAUCAUGAAGGGCUGGGCAUCGGUUCAGGUAUUUUAUUUUCUUAAGUAA